UUAGCUUGAGUCAAAAUGCUGCAUUUUCCUCUGUGGCUAUAAAGCAAAGAGGAGAUUUGUUGUAUGUUUUUUGUUGUUGUUUUUUUGUUUUCCUAGGUGUAUCACAGCUGGUAAGCAGGACUUGUAAGCGUGCCGAACAAGUGCUCAGAUGAGCAAUCCGAGCGCAGCACCAGGAGCAUCAGCACUGAAGAGCUGGAACUGAGAGACAGAAGCAGUUCCCUCCACUGCACACGACAGCAGCGGCCACUCUCGCUCUGCAUGCUUUUUUUCCCUUCCGUUCUUUCUGGAGUUGAGCUCUUGUUCGUCAGAGCAACGGGACUUAGUGGAUACUGGGGCUCCGAGCUGUUAUCCAAGCAUCCCAAACGCAGACCUGGCUGCCCACAUGCCGAUCGAAUUUGUUUGCAAAAUCAAAUUUGCAGAGGAGGAUGAGAAGCAGAAAGGCAACCAGGAUGGGGACAAGGAGAGCCUGAUCGAAGAGAGCUGCAGCCCCCCAGCCAAGGACCUGGCCGGCUUCGCCAAUGCCUGCUCGCUCCAUGGGAUUAACCACAUCUUUGUGUCGGGCCGGCUGGGUGUCAGACAGACCCUCUGGGCUCUCGCGUUGCUGGUGUCCCUAGCUCUCUUUCUAUACCAGGCGGCAAAGUGUGCCAUCUCCUACCUGGAGCAUCCUCACGUCACGGCACUGAACGAGGAGGCCACCCCAGAGAUGGUGUUCCCCGCCGUGACCAUCUGCAACAUCAACCGUUUCCGCUUUUCCGCUCUUACCGACGCCGACAUCUACCACCUGGCCAACUUGACCGGCUUGCCCCCCAAAAACAAGGACGGCCACAAGCCCACCGAUUUGGAGUAUCCGGCACCGGACAUGCAGGACAUCUUCAACCGGACGGGUCACCAGCUGGAAGAGAUGCUGAAGAGCUGCAACUUCAGUGGGCAGAACUGCUCGGCCGAAGACUUUACAGUGGUCUACACAAGAUAUGGGAAAUGCUAUACUUUCAAUGGGAACAAAACAACCGCCAGGAAGACAAAGCAAGGAGGGAUGGGAAACGGGCUGGAGAUCAUGUUGGAUAUCCAGCAGGAUGAAUAUCUACCUAUCUGGAAAGAGACAAAUGAAACAUCUUUAGAGGCAGGAAUCCGUGUUCAGAUCCACAGUCAGGAUGAGCCGCCCUACAUCCAUCAGCUGGGCUUUGGAGUCUCUCCGGGAUUCCAGACCUUUGUAUCCUGUCAAGAGCAAAGGUUGACCUACCUGCCCCAGCCUUGGGGGAACUGCCGCUCCACCAGUGAGCAGAUGAUCCCGGGUUACGAUACCUACAGUAUCAGCGCCUGCCGCCUGCGCUGCGAGACUCUUGAGGUUCAGCGUGUGUGCAAAUGCAGGAUGGUGCACAUGCCGGGAGAUGCCGAUAUCUGUACUCCCAGCAAUAUCAAAUGUGUGGACAAAGCACUUGCACUGCUACAGACAAGUUCAGGUGACACAUGCUUGUGUGAAACUCCCUGUAACCUGACGCGCUAUGGUAAAGAGCUGUCCAUGGUUAAAAUCCCCAGCAAAGGCUCGGCUCGCUAUCUGUCUAGAAAAUACGACAAGUCUGAAGACUACAUCAGAGACAACUUCCUUGUUUUGGACAUUUUCUUUGAAGCUCUAAAUUAUGAAACAAUAGAACAGAAAAAAGCCUAUGACGUUGCAGGAUUAUUAGGGGACAUUGGUGGGCAGAUGGGUCUUUUUAUAGGAGCCAGUGUUCUCACCAUCUUGGAGAUUCUGGAUUAUGUAUAUGAGGUGAUCAAACACAGGUUGGAGCGUUUGCUCAGGUCACAAAGAGAUGACAAAAAGCAAACCCAGCAGCAGCAACAGGCCAGCACAGUCGCCACAGUAAAACUGGAGGAAAUGAAAGCUAAGGAUUCUGGUGAGAUGAGCCGGAGCCACUCAGAGGGAGCUUAUGCUAACACCAUCCUCCCAAAUCACCAUCAGCACCACCGAGUGUUCGAAGACUUUGCCUGCUAGGAAGACUCGUCUGGCGGUUCUAGUGCUGUUGACGUCUACAGAAAGAGUUCUCUCAGUGCUGAAGGUGGGCUCAAUGAAAGACCCUCAAAUCUCAGCGCUAAUCUCUCUCGCUGUCACCAGUUAAAGCUACAGCCAAAGCCGAACU